AGAUCUCCUCCUGCAACUGCCACUCUGUGCACAGGAAAGGAGGGAGAAGAAGCCACCUUGCUUCCUCUUAUAUUUGACAAUCAUUCAUCAGAAUAGAGGUCCCUAAUGACCCACAUGUAAAUCUGCUGGCUAAGAAAGUUCUAAGGUUGGAACUCCAUUCAGAUAUCAACAUUUGUAAGAAAAAAAAAUUUAAAUAUAACUUUGAUAUAAAUUUUACUUUGAUAAGAUACCUACAGGAAAGAAACUGUUCAUUUUCUCUAACAGGAUGGAAAGCGAAAAACACUGGUGGGAGGUGGGAGGAGUCUGCACACUGUUUCACAGCUCCUCUCUCUCUAGGGCAAAGCAGAGUGUGAGGAAGCCAGUACUAGUCAAGUGAAGUGACUCUAAGGACGGCCAUUUUCCCUUACUGUCUUUGAAAACACUUCAUUUACUUAGCAUUUCAGAAGAUUAUAACAUCCUGUAUUUCAGUUUCUGAGAGCUUUACUGAUUGAGUUCCCUACUCAAAACAAUCCUCAUUUCCUACAUUUCUGAAGAUCUCAAGAUCUGGACUACUGUUGAAGAAAUUCCCAGUAAGGCUCACUUAUAUCUUUAGCGAUGGCAAGUAACUACAAGAAAAUUGUUCUACUAAAAGGAUUGGAGGUCAUCAAUGAUUAUCAUUUUAGAAUUGUUAAGUCCUUACUGAGCAACGAUUUAAAACUUAAUCCAAAAAUGAAAGAAGAGUAUGACAAAAUUCAGAUUGCUGACUUGAUGGAAGAAAAGUUCCCAGGUGAUGCUGGUUUGGGCAAACUAAUAGAAUUCUUCAAAGAAAUACCAACACUGGGAGACCUUGCUGCAACUCUUAAAAGAGAAAAGUUAAAAGUUGUGAAUAAAAUUGAAUCCAUUCCAGUCAAAGGAACAACCCCAUCUAAAAUGAGGAAACAGAAAGAAGUGGAUCCUGCUACACCUGCAUCCACCACAAGCAACACACUCACAGCUAAAGGAGCAGAGGAGACUCUUGGACCUCAGAAAAGAAGAAAACCAUCUGAAGAAGAGACUGGAACCAAAAGGAGUAAGAUGUCCAAAGAGCAGACUCAGCCUUCCUGCUCUGCAAAAGCCAGCACGUCCACAGCCAUGGGCUGUUCCCCACCUCCCCAGACCUCAUCAUCAGCUCCACCCAACGCUUCCUCAACUGAGAGCCUAAAACCAUUGGCCAACCGUCAGGCAACUCCCAGUAAAAAUAUUUUCCCAAAAGACCCAAUGAUCGUGAUGGUACUAAGUGCAACAAAGAUAUUUAAAUAUGAAUUCUCAGAAAAUGAGCAAAGAGCAAUGUUUCAUGCUACAGUGGCUACGCAGACACAGUUCUUUCAUGUGAAGGUUUUAAACAUCAACUUGAAGGGGAAAUUCAUUAAAAAGAGAAUCAUCAUUAUAUCAAAUUAUUCUAAACAUAAUAGUCUCCUAGAGGUGAAUGAAGCCUCUUCUGUAUCUGAAGCUGGUCCUGACCAAAUGUUUGAGGUUCCAAAGGACAUCAUCAUAAGAGCAAAGAAAACUCCGAAGAUCAAUAUUCUUCACAAACAAACUUCAGGAUAUAUUGUAUAUGGAUUAUAUAUGCUACAUACGAAAAUUAUAAAUAGGAAGACAACAAUCUAUGAAAUUCAGGAUAAAACAGGAAGUAUGACUGUAGUAGGAAAAGGAGAAUGCCACGAUAUCCCCUGUGAAAAAGGAGAUAAGCUUCAACUCUUCUGCUUUCGACUGAGAAAGAGGGAAAAUAUGUCAAAACUGAUGUCAGAAAUGCAUAGUUUCAUCCAGAUACACAAAAAUACAAGCCAGAGAAGCCAUGACGCCAGGAGCUUGGCACUACCCCAGGAACGGAGUCAGCAUCCAAAACCUUCAGAGGCUGGCACAACCCUACCUGAAAGCCGUCCCAAGACUCCUCAGAUGCCGCCAACAACCCCAUCCAGCAGUUUCUUCACCAAGAAGGAUGAAGCUCGCCCAGGAGCACAGUCACCGCCUGCAAACUUUAGAAUCAUCUCACCAACUGCGGCCCCUCCUGUUUCUUCUGAUACUUUCACCAACCGCCAUCCAGCAGUUCCUUAAAUAAGGUCACCAAGGACAAGGAUAUCAAACAAAUACCGUUCAAUCUUUAUUCCAGUGUGGAAAUUUUGCCUGAAGUCCUCCACCUAAAACCCUGAUGCCACUGGUAAUGAUGUUUAUGAAGAUAAGAUCAAAGCACAGAAAAUAAUAUAUGUAUAUAUAUAUCUGGUUGAAAUACUAUAUAUAUAUAUAUACACACCAGCUAUUAAUUCUAGGAAAUGGAGUAUUAAGGGUGAAUUUUAUUUCAUUAGUUUUACUUUUAUGCAUUUUCUUCAUAUCAUAUUUUGCAUUCAGAGUUUUCAUAACUUGAAAAAAAAUAAAUUUUUUCUUUAUAAAAGAAUGCUUCCAUAGGAGUUCUUUAAUCUAUCUGUGAGUUAUUUAAAAGCAAAUAAACUGUGGUCUGCAAGUCAGGGUGGGGCACACAGAUUUAUAGUUUGGAUGGGAUCUUUAAGGAAUAGGCCCUGGUAAAGACUGAACUGACUGUGCCCUGCCCAAAGAAACCAGACCAAGGGGGCAGGUAAGGGUGAAAUCCAGCCUAUGAUUCUGUUGCAAGCACUGUGUCCUGGGAAGGAGUUGCUCUAGCCAAAACUAGAGAUAUCUUUUCAGAAUUGGACUCCAGGAGGGGGAAUAAUUGGGUAAUUUGCUUGCCAAACCAGGCACCUUCUGGUGAUGUGCAUGAAGGCACUUGCCUAUGUUAAAGGAAAUCCUGGCCCUGUUUGAUGUAAAUUACCUGGUUCUGUACAUUUCCUUCAGCACCAACAGCUCCUCAGGAGCUCUCCAACCAUAUUUCCUCUUCUCACGUUCCAUUGUGUGAAUCCAUCAGAAAGUUGCCCCAGGCAGACAGUUAACUCAGGCAAACUGAAGAAUAAUUAAUUUAUUUUAGAGUAGAAUGGCAGAAAGUCGGUAUCUAAAACUUACAAUGUAUUUGUAGAUCAUAUAUUUGGUACCUGCUACAAUUAUUUUGUGUCACUUAAUCUUCACAGUAGCUCUAGACGGUUGACAGUUUUCUCCUUUUUACUCUCCAUAUAUAAAGCAAAAAGGGCACAGAAAGCAAAUUUACUUUCCAAGUGACACUUAGGUGGUCUUAUAUAGUCCUGAUUUAACAUCCAGGCCUGUUGUUCUGGCUUGGAUUAGGUGUGCUAAUGUUAGGAGAACAGGGAUAAGAUGCAAAUUAAACAGUGAAUAAGACGGAUUCCACCUAAGAUGGAGAAAGCUGAAAAGAGCCUCACUCUCACCCUUAUAAUUAGGAAAAAGUAGAUAAUUGCAAAAUCACAAUCUUCUGUACUCAUCAGAGAACUGUGGUGAUCUGAAGCUAUAUAUGCCCAGUUCAUCUAAGGAAAAGAGGCAUUAAAGUUCUGCCUUUAUGGUUUGGGCCAACAAUCCAAGGAAUAAAUAUAGUUGUUUUUUUUUUCCCCUCUUGCCCUGCACCUUUCUGAUUAUGUCUUUUAUGAGGCAUAAAGGUAAGAAGGUAUGAUAGAUUCAGAUACCAUGAAUAAGUUCUUUUAGACAUUCUUUGUUGCCAAAUAUCAUUGCUAAUAUUCAUGUGUGUGUGUGUGUGUGUGUGUGUAUGAGAUAAUUUGAUUCAUUUGGGAAAAUCAAAUUUUGAAGGAUGUUUUGAAGCCACUGAAUUGUUUCCUCAUGUGCAGUGAAAAAACUGAAAUUCAGAGAUUGAGUGAAGUGGUCAAAAUCACAUCAUUCAGCUAGUUAGGAAACAGAUUUCAUCUUGAGAAGAUGUCACAAACUGCUAAAACAUCCUCCAAAUUCAAAUUUGACUUAUGGACACUGAACAAAUAACUGCUUUAUAUACAAAUGAUAUUGGUAUUCUGAGCUACUCAAAUACAUAAUAUUCAUAUUACUUUAUGUAAACUAGGUAUAAUUGACCACUCUUGAGAAUGUAGAUGAUGGUAAUUAAGAGUUAGAGAAUGAGUCAUUUAGGUGCUUUGUCUAAUGUGUUUGCUGAUUUCUCCCUGAAAUUGUAACUUCUAAGGACAGUCAUGUCUGUAAAUGAGAUAAGAAAGGAAUUAUCUUCCACCCAAAAGAAUUAGCCUGUUCACUGUGUUUUAAUUUAAACAACUUCAACCUCUAGUGCCUGGACCCCAUUCUAUCUUAUAUUUUUAUAUCUUACCACACAUCAGAGUUCCUACAUGACCACAAGUAAGUGAGAAUCUGGGGCUUCCCCUAACUUUGAAAUGUGUGAACCAAAAAGAAAGACAGAACAGCUCACAGAGAUCUAAUGUACCCUCAUAGACAUUUUAGAGAUCAGUUUGUACCAAGUGGUUCUCUGCAAGAGGCAGAGAAAUAGCUCUGAGAGGAUCUCUAGUGUAUUAGCAAAUGAUUCUGAUUGGAAGAGGCAAACCCAACACUGUCGGCAAUAUUAUUUCUCUAAAACCACACAGUGAGGUAUGUAUUAGAAUUUUAUUAUGAUAAGAACACAUGAGAUCAACCACUUAACAAAUUUCAAGUUUACAGUGCAGGAUUACGAACUACAAGCACAGUGUUGUGCAGCAGAUCUACAGAGCUUAUUCAUCUGGCAUAUCUGAAAUUGUACGCCCAUCGAAUAGCAGCUUCCAUUUCCCCCUUCCUCCAGCCCCAGCCAACCACCGUUUUAUUUUGGCUAUUAUAGAUACUCUACAUAUGUGGACUCAUGCAGUAUUUAUUCUCUUAUGGCUGGCUUAUUACACUUAGCAGAAUGCCCUCAAGGUUCAUUCAUGCUGUAACUAUUGCAGAAUUUCCUUCUUUAAGAAAGAAUAACAUUCCUUAUCUAUAUACCUUAUACCACAUUUUCUUAUCUAUUCACUCAAAACUGGGACAUUUAGGUAGUUUUCACAGCUUGUCUAUUUUGAAUAAUACUGUGAUAUACAUGGGAGCACUGGUAAUAUCUCUUCAACUUCCUAUUUUAAUUAUUUUGCAUAAAUACCAAGAAGAGGAAAUCUUGGGUCAUAUGGUAUUCAUAUUUUUUCUUCCAACUUUUAUUUUAGAUUCAGGGACUACAGGUGCAGGUUUGUUACAUCAAUAAAUUGCAUAUCGGCUGGGAUUGGUAUACAAAUGAUUUUGUCACCCAGGUAGUGAGCACAGUACCUGAUAGGUAGUUUUUCAGUCUUCACCCUCCUCUCACCCUCCACCUUUAAGUAAACCACCAGCGUCUAUUGUGCUUCUUUUUGUGUCCUUGCAUACUCAGUGUUUAGCUCCUACUUAUUAGUGAGAACAAGUGGUAUUUGGUUUUCUGUUCCUGUGUUAUUUUGCUUCAGAUAAUGCCUUGCAGCUGCAUCUAGGUUCCUGCAAAGGACAUGAAUUUUUUUUUUUAUUACUCUGUACUGUACCAUAUUGUAUAUGUACCACAUUUUAUUUAUCUAAACCACUGUUAAUGGCCAUCUAGAUUGAUUCCAUGUCACUACUAUUAUGAAAAGUGCAAUAAGCAUACACAUGCACUUUGGGAGGCUGAUGCCAGUGGAUCAUCUGAGGUCAGGAGUUCGAGA